UUCGGCAGGAAAAGUGAUGCUUUUGUUUUUUAUUCUCUCUGCGCAGUUUUUGGAGUGGCAAAAAGUUUUUCUGACAGCGGACGAAGGAGGCGUAGGCUACGAGACUUCACCACAGUCAUGCGGUUUCGCUACACGGAGUGGUUUUAAUCAACGGAGGGGCACUCGACUCUGAAUGAGGGCAGUAGGAAACUUCUCUCAAACGCAGAUUUUCUGAGAGCCACUAGCGCUCUCUUGGUCAACUGGAGUUUCUCAGUUUGGGCUGCUUUUCAAAAGCUUUCUCCUAAAAGUUUUCACUUCUUACCAACAGCUGUGCCCACUGUCGACUGAUCGGUCAGAGGAGGACAGAGGAUGGUAGCAUUUCUUAUUUUACACCCUUUUUGACCCCUAGCUGCAGUCGUGGUGAAACGCUUAAUGUCACGUAAACAUCCGCAGAUUCCUGAAGAGCGCAUUUACUGUUCAUUUCUCGACACCGCAACGGGUGCGCAACAGUCUGGCGUCUGGGAUGCGGCUGCCAAAUAAACAUCGCCAAUGGUACGCCCUGAGUCUCCGGCCAAGACGCUCUGUCUAGAAGCGGGGAUGCUCUUGCGACGGACAUGGACCCUCCGUCGCAGGUACUGCACGGCUCCCCUGCUGCUCAUUGGAAUAGCCGCCUGUCUUCUUUAUCAAAUGCUAAUGGUCGAUCGGACUCCGUAUAAGACCGACGGGCCAAGCCCACAAGAGAGGAACAGGUCCGGAAUUAACCUCCUGGACCCCGAGAAGCUCGUAUCAGCACUUGAUGCAUUUCAAGAUGACAAAGUCAGUUCCAAACACCGGAUGGGAGUAGCCAUUCUAUUGACCGGUCAGCUGGUUCCCACGGCGACAGAAGUCCAGUUGUACCAGAGGGUCCUGCAACAGCACAGCUACUGGGUUGACCAGGCCCGCUACGCUGAGACCAGCAGCGCCGUACGCCAGGACAAGAAAGAUGGAAGUGGAUGGAAUCUGCUGGUGUGCUUGAGGGGGUCAGAGAGAGGUUGCCUGCGUAAAAUCAGUUUUUCCAGUCUCCAUGCAAACCAGAGGGUCAACAUUAUUCCAGCACUUGUGGAAGCCUUCUCAGAAGUAGGCGGAGUCUGCAGAUUUCAGACAGACAGGCGAUUGGCUGGAUUGAAUAUUCCCAUAAUUCCCUCUGCCUGUACAGAGGAGGGACCCAAGCUGAAGUCCAACAGUUUAACAGGACCAGACUGGCACCCAUCCAUCCACCCUCAACUGUCCUCAGCCAAUCAGCACGCGGUUGCCAUGGUGAAUGUUUACGUCCUGGUGUCCUCAGUGCGCCCGCUCUCGGCCUUCCUCCAUCACACGGGGCUGGUGAGGUCACGCGGGGACAGGUACAGCCGUGUGUCUGAGCUGCAGCUCUUCUUCCUGGAGCGUCUGGGUGCGGCUGACUCGCGGCAGGCUCUGGCUCAGAUGCGACGUGUGGUCAGUGAUGUCCUGCUGGCAGCGACCCUGACCAAUGUGGGCAGCUCUCGGCACAGUUGCAAGCUCUGUUUCCAGUGGCUGACUUUCACACUGAGUUUCAACGCCUCUCUCUCUGCUGUUGUAGUGAAGGUCCAGACAGACUUAGACUUCCAGGGGCUGAGGGAUCAGGGUUUUGAUGGACAGAUCAGGAAGGAGUUCAUCCUGGAGGAUGGCUUGCACUUCCUGUUUGAGACCCAUCGCAUGCAGGAGAACGCACUACAAUUGGUGGAGCCGGUACAGGCAGACCUGAGACAGCAGUAUGGUGGCUGUGAGUGGACAAACAGUCUUUGUUUACCCCCGGAUGAUCUUAUGCUGCUGAUCCAGUUUCAACACCAGCUCAAGAGGACAGGCCCGUUUGAAGUGCUACAUCCUCUACAGGCCUCCUCUGCAUCCUCCCCCCUCCACCUACUCCAUCUUCACAGACUGCAACUCCAAGAGAAUUCUGGGAAGGAAUCAGAGAUGUUUUCGUUGUUUCAACGACUUCUGAAGUAUCACCAAAAAGCCAUGAUGCAGAGCACGGAGAGUCCCAAGAGUUCAGCUGGACUGGGAUCUGGACAAGAUUCCCAAGACCCAUCAGGAGGUGAAGGUAGGUGUGUGGACCCGCACCUCCGCCAGCUCUACACCGACCCGCCGCUGGUUCUGAGCCCGCAGUUCGACCCCUGGGUGAAGGAGUACCGGGCCGAGGUGCCCUUCGACAUGGUGAUGGUCCGGGUCCGUCCAGAACCCGUCAGCCAGUUCUGCCACGUGCACCUGGAUGAGCAACGUGGGCCCAGAAUUGUAAACUACCCCGUUGGCCUGGGCAACAGCAGAAUCAACAUUCUGGUUCUGGAUGAAUCUGAGGCCGAGCCCGUCGUCAUGACGAUAUACACUCUCCACAUAUUCCGAGAGAACCGGCCGAGCCUGCCCAUGUUUGCCGACUACGUGAUGUGCGGCUUUGUACAGGACUGCGGCCUGGUCGUCCGGCCGGACCAACCCUGCGGUCUGGAGCCCCUGCGUGGGGUGAGGUCCUCAGGGGAGUCCCAGGCUGCAGAUCGGCCUACGUGCUCCUCAGGAGACAUGCCUGGUCGUUGGGUGGUGCCCUGUUUGAGCUGCUCUGAUAACAGGACGUGUGAUUGGAGGGAGGUUGCCUGGAGACCAGACAGCUGUUACCACCCCGUGCUGGACCAGCCACAGCUGCAGCAAUGCAUGAUGGACCGUAAGGUGCUGUUCCUGGGCGACUCCACUAACCGGGGGAUGAUGUACUACCUGAUGGAGCGCGUCAACGGGACGCUGCAGGACUGGGACAAGGCCCACGACACGGUGCUCUACCACGACCUGAACCGCGGACACACCCCCUUCAGCUACAGCUACUACCCGCAGUUCUGGCUGGAGCCCAGCCGCAGGCCCACCUUCCACAGGGCCCUGGAGCAGCUCAUCCAGAGGUCUCGUCCUCUGGUUAACUCCCCUCACACCGUCCUGGUGGUUGGGGGCGUCCAGUGGCUCAACACCAACCACAUCAGGACCGUCCAGCAAGUUCUAGAGAGAGAGAAUCUGCAGGACAUCAUGGUGGUGGUGAAAUCUCUGGGCAUGGGUUUCCAUCUUGCUGUCGACGGCAUUCGCUCGCUCUCGUUGGCUCGUGUGCAGGAACUAGACCACGUAAACCGGGACGUUCUCACCGAAGCAAAGCAUGCUGGGUAUGAGGUGGUGGACACCUUCAGCAUCACCAUGGGCCGCUACAAGGAGUACCUGCAGGGGCGAUGUGCCUGCCACUACCACGAGGUGGCCAAGCCUGCGUUCUCGGCCCCUCAGCACAGUGUUCUGCAGAUCCUACGGAAGGACGGAGACUCUGGGAGCAGAUCCGGCACCGGCACCGGAGAUCAUCCGGACCUGCAGGACCCGCGCUGGACCCCGUCCAACACCACGUACCACGUCAGGGGCCCGGUCAACCAGGUCUACUCCCAGAUCCUGCUCAGCAGACUGUGUGCUCGCCACAGGGGAAACAGAACCACGCGGCACAGCUGAAGGACAGGGGCUCUGUGUGUGUGUGUGUGUGUGUGUGUGUGUGUGUGUGUGUGUGUGUGUUUGUUCCUGUGUCUGUAUCUGUAUCUCUGUGUGUGUGUGUGUGUGUGUGUGUGUGUGUGUUUCCACUGGCUUAAAAUAUGAACGAAAACACAGGGAGAGACUCCAUAGAUGUUGAAAUGCCCAGGGGGUUAUUCCAUGCCAAGUUUACAGAGAAAAGAGUCUCAAACACAUGGAGCACACAGCACACAACUCCCCUGCAUCAUGCCUGGCCCAGGCCCGCUUUAGGAUCCAUACAUCAAGUGCAGCGUGUGCGUGUGUGUGUGUGUGUGUGUGUGUGUGUGUUUGUGUUUGCAUUUGUGUCCAUCUAUCUCUUUCUGUUUGUCUGAUUGAUCAAUAGCAUUGUUGUGUGUGUCUGUGUGUGUGUGUGUGUGUGUGUGUGUGUGUAUGUGUGUGUGUGUGUGUGUGUGUGUGUGUGUGUGUGUGUGAGAAGAGGGAGCAUCCCUGGGCCCACGUGUGAAAAAAAAAACUACUUCACAAACAGUUUUGCCUUCAGAGAUUAUUUCUCUUCCAGAGUGCUUUGUAGAAGAAAUCCAUGAAAUAUAAGAUACCCAUCAAAGCCAUCAAAUGCAGGCAGACCACAUGUUGAGCUUCACAGCCAGACCUGUACCUCGAGUGGUGUAUUAGAAAGUGAAGUGUGGAAGGUAGGGGGGCAAAGAGGAUUUUCAUGAGUGUGUGUGUGUGUGUGUGUGUGUUAGUGUGUGUGUGUAUGGAGGGGGGUAUCCAGAUGGCGACUGGGUGCGCUGUCUACCCCCCCUGAUAUCCUGCCAAAAACUGACUGCAGCAGCUGUAGCCGCGAAGGGGCCAAUUACUUGUGAAGCUGCGGCGCAGAUCAAGAGGAAAAGCAGAGCCGAGAGAGAGUGAGACGACUGGACGAACGUUCCGACAACGUCCCGACAAACUAUCCAACUGAACGUUCUCAGCGCUCUAGCCGUCUCUCGCAUGUUAGCGGGAUGUUUCGGAGAGUUUUUACAGCGGUGCCUUUGAUGUCGCCAAAUCUGUAGACUUUCGUGGAAGCUGGAUAUAUUUUUCCUUCCUUGUGUCAAUGUAUACGUUUUCUUCUCUAAGGUACAGCAAACCAAAGGUCUUAUACAGAUUGUAUGCUUUUAUAAUGAUUAUCAAAGUAUGAACGAUAUAAAUUUCUAUAUUUUUCUACAGAUGUACUGCUCAUGCCUUUGAUCCGUUUUGUAUAAAGCCUUGUGUUUACACGGAGGAUAUAUGUAUUUAUAUAUUUUGUUGGUGGAUUAUUAUGCAGGUUUUGACUUCAGAAUUGAUAAGAUGCCUGAGACUGUUUUGUUUGAUUUCGGCUCGUAUCAGGUGAUCCUGAGACAGAUCAACCUACAAUCUUGUAGGCUACAUUCUCAUAAGAAAAGCAAAUAUGUUGUAUCUUUUCUCUGCGCCCGUUACCCUGUCUAUGUAUAAGCUAUUUCCUGUGCUGUCUGAGUGAGAUAUUCUCACGUCGCCGGACCUGCAGACCAAGCCUUAUUGGAUCAUCGGAGUUCAUUUUCGGCGUCAGGUGUGUUUGUUCUAACACAAUGUAGGCCUCCCUGUCAGAAUGUUCACAGUAUGAUUGGAGGGGUGUCUUGUGGUUUAGAAUGCCAUCGUUGGUCCGUGAGACCGGGGAUUUACCGAGUAGCCUAUGUCUAGCCUAAUUAUCUUCAAAUUCCUUAUGGAUGAAGGCUGCUAUAGGAUCUCAGUAUGGUUGUGUUAUUGAAAGAAAUUAUACAUGUAUUCUGUGUUAAUGUAUACAGAACCUUUUAUUCUUAUAUUAAAUUAUUCUAUUUCUUUUA